CGUUCUUAUGACGUCCCAAAACAUGACACAUCAAGAUCCACAUGUCGUUUCAAUACUGACGGGUCGCUGUGCCGAUGUUAUCUUCAAGUGCAGCGACCACAAGAUCCAAGCCAAUAGAGCCACUCGUUGUAGCCUGUGUUAUCUCGAUAGCCAGAGUAUGACAAGUGCUUGGAUUGCUGUCUUGAUCCUUGUCUCUUUCCUACCACUGUACAUGUGAUUGGAGAACGAUGUAUCUCUUACAAUAUCGAAUGCACAAUAAACGCAAUAAACAAAUCUCC